CUCCCACGACACCAUUGGCAUCUUGCCAUCACAUCGUUCGCCAUCCAGCGUUGGUGUGCCCGCUUUUCCAACACCCGAAUCACGCUUUAACAGCACGCAAAGCACUGGUUGCACUUCUCGAGCCGGCCUCGACAUUUCUUUCUCAGCAUCGCCCGCAUCGCCCCCGCUCGGCAGACGCCCUUCGCCGCUCACCCAGCGGCGUGUACCGCUUGUACAGUUUCACUUCGUAGUCUGCGCCGCGGCCAGCCCGCAACAAUGGCGCUCUCCAUGUCGGCCCCUCGUGGCCACUUCCCAUCUCGGUCAUAUGACAUGUCGCGCGUGCCGCCCGCGACCAUCACGCCGCGCACUCGCCGCAUCUCGAAUCGCCGCCUCGGGACCGGCUUGCCCUCUGGUGGGCCAACUCUCCUCGCGACACUCACGCCUCUAUGUCCACCCACGCCGCGUCGCUCGCGCAUCUCUAACCCGGCACCCGACACGAGACCGCUGUCGCCCCAUUCGCCCAACACCCCAUAUCUGAGUGAGUGGGACCUCGAGCCAGAGGACGAUCGUGCAGCCCGUCGCCGCACCAUUUCUCUUCCCACCCACGGCCGCAAGGCCAACCCGGCUCUCGCGCCUGAGGUGCCGUCUGCCAAGUGGCGACCGUGGGCAUCGAUCGACGCGCAGGCGUUUCCACACAUACUGGAUGCCGUUAUCGCGAAUGCCGACUACCGCUUGUUGCUCGCGCUUCGCGGCGUGAGCAGGGGGUGGCGUGCGCGCGUUGAUGCUAUGCUCUUUGAGCACGUAGCCCUGGUGACGCCGGCCGCCGGACCGCGCCAAGUCGACCGUGGUGUCCACUUUAGGCUACGUCUCGCUCUGCGCAAGCGCAGAGCUAUUGACGCUGUCCUCGUGACCCCGCGCGAGCCCCUCCGGCUCCUCCCCUGCCUUCCUGGCCGGGUGCCCACACACGUUGCCGCUAUACGCGUUCUGGACACGUACGACUACACGGCUGCCCAAUCCACGCUGUUCGACGCGAUAGCAAAUGCGGAGGAGGACAUUGCCGCGCAAUCUGGUACGGAUGCGCUCGUGCGAUCCAGUCACGGCCUCACUGUCUCACGCUCGGCCUCACUCCUCAACGGCUCGUUCCCGGCUCCCCCGCCGGCCGUGCACGCUCCCACGGCCGUGCACUACCUUCCAGCGGUAGGCCUAAACCGCGUGACCAUCGGGGUGGAUGUCGGCACGUCGAGAGUCAUCCUGCGCUUCGUACCGGCCUUCAUCUCACCUUUCGUGACCGAGUGCGACACCUGGCUCAUCGAGAGCACAGGGCCUUGCGAGAUUGUCUUUGUGUUCGACCCGCGCGCCUUCGAGCGCGCCCCCUGCGUCCAUGACUUGCGUUACAACCUUGCCUCGGGGCUUGCGGAGAGUUUCGAGCUCCUUGAGACCGUCGGCGUACCGCUGCCGAGAGUGACGCUUGUUGGGCUCGACGAGCUCACGGAACAGUGGAGACCCCCUUACGAAAGCGGCGAUGUCGCUUUCGUCCAGCGGUUCGUCGCAGAGCGUGUCGCGGACGCCGCAGCCAGCCGCGUGUCGGGCAUCACCAUGGCCGCGUGGGAGGCACGCCGCGGAGCGGACACGGUUCUCGAGCGCGCGCCGCUCCCAUACGCUCCGCUUCAGGAUGAUGACGAGUGAAGACCAACAUACGUUUUGCAGAAGGCCAGUCAAACAUCAGAGGGAGGUGCGCACAAGCCUUGUACCAGUGCAUGAUCUCCUGCGCCCUCGCACCGAACUCUCGCCCCGUCAGCCGUUUGGCGCUUCCACAUACCAUUUCGACCUCAUUUCUCAUCAUCUAGCC